GUCGAGAGACGCCCCGGCGGGCCCCGCUUGGGCUCCUCAGCUUUUCGCCGAGGGGCGAGAGCGCACAGUUAACACCGGAUCAGGUGCAGCAACUUCUUGCUCUGGCGGGGCGAGCUCCUCGGACUUUGGGGGAUCUUCCUGGUCCCAGCGCGCACUCGGGACGGACUGGUGGAGCUCUUCGUCUGGGAGCAACUGCAAAAGCUUUGGCUGCUCCACCCCUUCGCCUGGCGGCCAUCCCGGAUACGAAGGACACCGUGGGCGACGAGGAGGCCGACGCCGCAGAGGGUGCCGAGGGAGAGGGCAUUUUGCAAAAGCUCCUUGUCCAGCAGACGGCCAUCCUUGCGCAGCUCGCGGCUUCAUCGAGAAAGAGCUCCGAUCCACUUCAUCAGCUCCUGUCUUCGACCGGGCGGGCCGACGAGGAUCUGAAGCUGCCCGGCGUGAAGGGGAUGGCUGCUCGACAACUGGUGCGGGAACACUUUCAGAGGAGCCCCACUCUGGCUUACAACAAGGUCAAGGAGCGGUUGGCGCAAGCUCGACGGAAGCCCGGAGUGGGCGACCUAGAGCCUCGAGACAUGCACCUCCACUUCCAAGAGACGGUUCUCUUGGGCAGCUUCAAGACGCUGGCUUAUGUGUCGUUCCUUCUCUGCACGGCUUGGGAGGCCAUGGAAAAUGGACGAGGCGACGAGGUCGCCUCCAUCAUCGCGAGAGGCCUUGUGUUCUGCGAGCAGGUGGCAAACGAGUCGGGGCACACCCGCCUGGCUUGGCUGCUGACUUGCCUCGACGAUCCUCCGUUUGCUUUGGUCGAAUCUCGGAAAGCCCCUCGUGCCGAAGUCCCACACGGGAUGUUAGCGGACCCGAGGUGGAUAGCAGCCCAGCUGGGGUAUCUGUCAGAUGCCCAGCUGAUACAGGAGAGGACAAGUGCGGUGCAUGGACAGCCAACCACGGCUCCGCCAAACCAUCCGGAAGGUCCCAAAGGCCGUGGAAAGCGCGGCAAAGGGGCGCAGGACUUGACGACAGCCUCAGUUGGUGGGCCGGCGCAGAGCGCGAUGGAAACACAGGCACCAGUGCAGACUCCUGUGUCGAUGAUUCAUCGUCUUGAGGGCAUGGUCUCAACUUGGAUUCGCUUGGGCCACGGGCCCAAAUGCGAACUUGAACGUUCGGUUCAGAAGUUUGAGACGUUGAGUGAACAGCUUGCUGUGAUGCAGAAGUUCUGCCUUGAGCUUUCAUCACAGCUUCAGCCUUACAAAGGAUGUACCAAGAAACCUGCCGCCCAGGCUGGCGUCUUCGACAGUGAUUGUCAGCUUGCGAGCAAGAGUGCGGCUUUGCCUCGGGUGACGGGAGCCAGCACUACCUACAAGCCGCUGGACCCUGAUCGCCUCGUCUUUGAGCAAGCCCCCACCUUCAAGGCAGAUAAGAAUGCCUAUUCUGCGACCAUUUUAGGAGGCCAGCUUGACGGUGUUCGUGGUGACAUUGCUGCUCCCCGCCUGAAGAGCACCGCCUUGUCAGCUAUCACUUUGCAGCUGGUCGUGCUAGGACUGCUGCUCGGCACCGCUUUAGUCGGGUACGGCAAGGCUUUGUUUUACAGCGGAGGUCCAAAGUACGUUUUCUCUGAGACUUUGAAUGCUGUUGUAGACCGAUUUAAGCACUUCCGCGCGUCGCUUGGCGCAGCUUGGAGCAUCCUCACUCGCUGGGAGGAAGAAGAACCUGUGGAAAGGUCCAUGGUUAUGCCAGAGGCUGUCUUUCGAGCCGCCAUCACAGUGGCUUUGCUUUGGCAGUGGCCUCACUUUGCUGCUGCUCUACUUGUGGGCUUCCACGGGCUUCUGAGACCAGGAGAAAUCCUUAAGCUCCGUCGACGAGAUCUGCUUUUGCCGCGAGAUCUGCUCACAUGUACCCAGGUCGCCUGCGUGUCGAUCUUGGGAGCGAAAACCCGUAGAUUUCUUCAACGACAGCAUGCCAAGGUUUCAGACUUUUGUUCCGUCAAGUUCCUUGAUGCCCUCUUUGGUCAUUUGCCUGGCAUUGUCCCGCUGUUCGCCUGCUCACCGGCUGUUUUUCGCAAGCGCUGGGAUUUGCUUUUCGGCAGCUUGGGAGUUCCGACAGCCGAGGAUGCUAAAGGCAUCACCCCCAAAUCUUUGAGGGGAUCGGGGGCAAGGUGGAUGUAUCAGAUGACGGAGGAUGUCGAGCGCAUUCAAUGGAGGGGGCGCUGGCAACAGCGCCGAACUUUGGAACAUUACUUGCAGGAAGUGGCAGGGCAGUUGCUCCUCGCUGAUCUGACAGAGAGUCAUCGUGCUCGGAUCCUGCACCUCGCAGCUUUUGCCGGUCCACGUCUGCAGCUGUUCACUACCAGUCUUUUGUCUUCUACGCAGGCUGCGGGCGAAGAACGUUUCAGAGUUGGAAAGGAAGCUUUCGCUUGUGAGUUCGAGCUUCUCUCUUACCAGCUCUUUUGCACAGACCAGCUGGUGACGCUGAAGAGCGAGAGCGGCGGUUUCUUGCAGCUGAAGGUCCUGAGCAUGACGCGGGUUACAAUGAAGUCGAGCAAGUGCGGCUCUGUGGUGAAGCUCCACACCCAGGAAGAUUAA